AUGUCCUCUGCCAAUGGCGGACGGACAGUUUCAUCUGAUCAUGGACAUCCGCGACCCUCGAUAGCCCACGCCGAAGCGGAGCGUAAUUUCGAAACUACAACCAUGAAUUCCGCUCAACCACGAUCCUGGCAUACCGAAUUUGUCUUCGUCUCUCGGAAAUGGAUCCAACAACUUCUUGGCAAGAAUCCGUUCAAGAGUUCUUAUCUGGAUCUUUUCAAGCUGGUCAACGAUGCACAAUCAAAAGCCAUCUUGUGGGCUGGUAUAGUUUUGGCGAUAGCUGCUGGUACUCCGCUGCCCGUCAUUGGUUAUAUCUUCGGGCAGAUCAUCACCUCGUUUCCCCCUCCGGAAGACGUCUUGCGCGACAGGCUAUACCAACUUAUUGGCGUCGCUUGUGGUUAUUUUAUUGUUACGACUGGCUACGCGAUCGCUUGGGGAUUGACAGGGGAAAGAAUAUCGCGUCGAUUCCGGGAAACCCUUGUUGAGCGCCUGCUUGGUCUCGAACAAGCAUACUUUGAUGUCAAUGAUCCAGAUAUCACAAAUCUUUUGACCGAGAAAAUUGAAGCAAUACAGAUAGGGACAUCUGAGAAAGUCGGAAUCUUUAUCCAGUCAAUCAGCUACUUUGUCGCUGCCUUUGUCGUCGGCUUCAUCUUGAAUGCCAAACUCACUGGAAUUCUUUUUGCCGCCGUCAUACCUGUCAUGACCUUAAUCGUUGUCUUCGGGUCAUCACGAAUUGCAAAGUAUACGAAAGCAGCCACCCAAUAUACCGAGGCCGCUGGAAGGAUUGCCGAGAGCGCCAUACAUGCUGUCAAGGUUGUGCAAGCUUUCGGAAUGGCUGAGAAUCUCAGUAAAGAACACUAUCGCCUUCUCAAGCUAUCUGCAAGAUACGCUGUCAGGAAGUCCGUCUCUGCUGCACUUAUGCUUGGCUUGGUAUACUUCACCGCUUACAGUGCCAAUGCGCUUGCUUUCUGGGAAGGUUCACGAUUGGCCGCAGAAUCUGGCACGAACAACGCUGGUACCGUAUAUGCAGUGGUGUUCUUGAUCAUAGAUGCAUCGUUCGUCGUUGGCCAGUUUGGACCGUUUCUAGGUUGCUUUGCUAGUGCUGCAGCUGCUGGUGAAGGUAUCUACGAAAUUCUCAACCAGCCACGAUCGGAAAUCAACGUCUACUCCGAAAGUGGACAAGAAGCCACCGAGGAUGACAUGAAAGCCGAUCUGGUCUUCCGGGAAGUUACGUUUGUAUAUCCUGCGAGAACAUCAGCUCGUGCCCUGGAUGGACUCAAUCUCGUUCUAAAAGCUGGCCAGAUGAAUGCCAUCGUCGGUACAAGUGGUUGUGGCAAAAGCACUCUUGUGUCUUUGCUCUUACGCCUUUACGACAUAUCGUCUGGCCAACUGACGAUAGGAAGUCAUGAUAUCAAGGCCUUCAAUGUGAGAAGUCUGAGGAAAUAUACAGCAUUGGUCGACCAAGACUCUGUUCUGUUCUCCGGCUCAGUUCUCGAAAAUAUCAGUUAUGGGCUUGGUGAACACUCACUAUCAAAGGAGACAGUUCUAGAGAGGUGCACAGAGGCCGCUAAAGCUGCUAAUCUGGACUUCAUCGACUUCUUGCCGCAAGGUAUCCAUACUCGUGUCGGCAAUGGCGGCUACACGCAACUAUCGGGCGGGCAAACUCAGAGGAUUUGCUUGGCCAGAGCUUUAGUCAAAAGACCUUCUCUGCUUCUGCUUGAUGAACCAACUGCAGCUCUUGAUGCAAAUAGCGAGGGGCUAAUUAUGGAUGCCGUAAGAGGUGUGGCUGCUACAGGCACAACAGUGGUCAUGGUGGCCCAUCGACUCUCUACUGUGUCAGACUCGCCCAACAUUGUACUCAUGGGUGCAGGAAAAGUUAUUGAGCAAGGCAAUCAUGACGAGCUCAUGCAACUGGGAGGCGCCUACAACAACCUCAUUCAGGCUCAACAACUCAAUGACUCGGAUGAAUUGUCUGGAGAGGUUUCUCCGGCAAUCACCAGCCAGACAACGACACGCAAGAUAUCAAAGUCUGAGAACACGUCCGCCUCCACUGGCUCUGAGACUACGACCCCCGAGGCGAAAAAGACAGCCAUACCAGCCAAGAAGGCUGGAGUCUGGAAGCUCCUUCUAAGGUGUCUUAGCCUAGCCAGAUCCGACUCUCCGAUCGUUGCUUUGGGUCUUGCUGCCUCCAUCAUAUCCGGCGGCAUCAUCCUCGGCGAAGCCAUCGUUUUUGGUAACCUCAUUUCUGUGCUGAACGAUCUAGAAAGUCCGGAUUUCCGCGAUAGAGCAGACUUUUUCUCGCUCAUGUUUUUCAUUCUAGCACUGAUUGCUUUCUUCUCCUACGCUGGUAACGGAUGUUGCUUUGGUGUCGUCUCUUCGCACUUUGUGGCCAAAGUCCAAUAUAUCUCUCUUGCCAGCAUUCUACGACAGGAUAUGCAGUGGUUCUCUGGUCAGUCGGUAUCUUCGCUCAUGAGCAAUCUCAACUCAGAUGCGGGUCAGCUUGCUUGUUUAUCUGGAGUGGCUAUCGGUACCAUUUUUACAGUAUGUGUAUCGGUCACCGGUGGAAUCAUCCUUGCUCAUGUCGUGGCUUGGAAAAUUGCUGUUGUUCUGUUAGCUGCUGUUCCUGUCAUGGUAAUGGCUGGCUACGUCAGGCUACGCGUGCUCGCCCUUGCGGAGAGUAGGCACAGGUCUGCAUACAACGAUGCUGCUUCCAUCGCUGCCGAGGCAUGCAGAGGCAUCCGAACCAUUGCUUCUCUGGGCAGGGAGCGCGGGGUGUCUCGAACUUUCAACGCGGCUGUCAAAGAACCUUACGAGAAGGGUAUCCGAUUUACCCUCAUAUCGAACACCUUGCUCGCUUUGAGCUUCUCGAUCACCUACUUCGUUUAUGCCCUUGCCUACUGGUGGGGAGCUCGACAAGUAAGGAACGGCACCUACGAUCAACUGGACUUUUUCAUUGUUCUGCCUGCACUUCUGUUUUCUGCACAAAGUGCUGGUCAAAUCUUCAGCUUGUCCCCAGAGAUGUCGCGAGCUGGAGCGGCUGCUCGCAACGUAUUUGGGCUACACGAUCAACAGCCGUCAAUUGUAGAUGGCGCCACUAAGCAACCCGGAAAUUCACUAAGCUCUGCCGGUUCUAUCUCAAACUUGACAGACAAGCCAGAUCCAGCUUCAGGAGGCUGGAUCGAGUUCAAGAAUGUCAGUUUAUGCUAUCCAUCCAAACCUCAGCACCCAGCAUUGCAGAAUGUCAACAUUUCCAUCAAACCAGGAGAGUUCAUUGCGCUCGUCGGCCCCAGCGGAGCAGGAAAGUCGACUAUUCUCUCACUUCUGCAACGUUUCUACGAUCCCACGACUGGCAGUGUUUUGCUAGACGGACAGAACAUCCGUGAGGUCGCCGUGUCACAACACCGAGGCCGACUGGGGCUGGUACCCCAAGAGCCUGAUCUCUUCCCUGGCUCCAUCUCGUACAACAUCGGUUUGGGUGCAGCGCCAGGUCAAUCCGUGACGCAAGCCGACAUUGAAGAGGUCUGCACGAAGUGUGGGAUUCAUGAUUUCGUCAUGAGUUUACCAGAAGGCUAUAGUACAGAAUGCGGCACCAAUGGCUCAAAAUUGUCAGGUGGACAGAAACAGCGAAUUGCCGUAGCCAGAGCACUGAUCAGAUCGCCGGAAGUACUUCUGCUUGACGAGUAUACCUCUGCUCUGGAUGCCCAUUCGGAGCAACAGAUCAAAGAAGCUGUUGACGGGGCCAGUAUAGAUAGGACUACAAUCGUGGUCGCACAUCGACUGUCCACAGUACAGAAUGCUGACAGGAUAUUCGUGUUUGACGAUGGACGUGUGCUGGAGGUUGGAAGCCAUGCUGAGCUUGUUGCACAAGGAGGGUUGUAUGCGAGUAUGGUUAAGGCGCAGACACUGGCAUAG